UCAGCUCAACCGAUCAGUUCAAAGUUGACUUCGUCGCGGACCAGAGCGGACCGUUCUAAUUCCGACACGCGACCGUGAAUUAUAGAAUUACCAAAUCACAGUUUAAUUCAAUUUAAAAAAAUAUAGGCAAUACUAAAAAUAAAACUAAAAUGCAAUCUUAUAAGUGCUCAAUUUUGAGGUGUUUAUUAGUGGGCUUGAUCCUUGGCCAAGUGCAAGCCGAGUUGGAUUUUAACAACGAUCUCGAGAACAGCCAAAAGUUCAAGAGCAUACCCACCACAGUGAAAACCUAUGAGAACGACACAGUCCAGCUGCCUUGCACUUUAAAUACUCCCUUUCGCUAUGUCCGGUGGCAUCGGGACGACGUGGCCCUGGUGGAUUCCAGACAUCCAGAGAUCCCAAAGCCGGAUCGCAUAAUGCUCUGGCCCAAUGGGAGCCUCCAGGUGGCCAAUGUUCAGUCCAGUGACACCGGCGAUUACUACUGCGAGAUGAACUCGGAUUCGGGUCAUGUGGUGCAACAGCACGCCAUAGAGGUGCAAGUAGCACCUCAGGUGUUCAUUGAGCCCUCGGAUCUCACGGAGCAGCGGAUCGGAGCCACCUUGGAGGUGGUGUGCGAGGCCCAGGGAGUUCCCCAACCGGUGAUCACCUGGCGGUUGAACGGCAAUGUCCUGCAGCCACAUAGCAGCACCGGGAAUCGCCAAAGCCUCGUCCUGGAUAUCAAGUCAAGGAACCAGGCGGGACUCAUAGAAUGCGUGGCCAGCAAUGGAGUGGGCGAGACAGCGGUGGCCAAUGUGUAUCUACAUGUGCUGUUUUCGCCUGAGGUGACCAUUUCCCAGUCCGUGGUGUACACCAAACUGGGCUCUCGUGCCCAUCUGGAGUGCAUUGUGGAGGCGGCACCAGCGGCAACGGUCAAGUGGUUCCACCAUGGAUUGCCGGUGGCCCUGGGAGCCCACUCCACCAGUCACGAGUCGGAGCUGCAGACGAAUCGCUCGGUGGACCAUUACGUAAACGCCGUGCGCCACAUGCUGGUGGUGAAGACCGUGCGAAAUGCGGAUAUGGGGCAGUACGAGUGCCGGGCCAGCAACCAGAUAUCCGUAAAAAGCGGAAGCAUCGAGCUGACUGGCCGCCCGAUGCCCUGCCUCUUUAAGAUCAAUCCGGGCACCCAGAGCUCCACCUCGCACGUCCUCGUUUGGCAGACGGAGAGCCUGCUGCCCAUCAUGGAGUUCAAGCUCAAGUUCAGACAGAUUCCGUCGAACAAUGUCACCCGCCAGAUCAGAACCAACUGGACGGAGCUCACGAUCCCGGCUCAGGCCACCAAUGGACUUAUCUACAUCACAACAUACACCCUUCAUGGCCUUCAACCCGCCAGUCUCUAUGAAGUUUCUGUACUGGCCAGAAAUAGUUUUGGAUGGAGUGACAAUAGCAAAAUCGUUAGAUUUGCCACAGGUGGAGAAGUUGAACUACCCAAUUACUCGACAGAAUCAGAGCUUCAGGAUGACCUAACCGAUGAGGACUUCCACAACGAAAUUACGCAAAGAUCGGAUGUUCUAUCGGCCAGCAUGAUGUUCAACUCGGGCUCAGUUUAUGGUCACGAAGUCAGUGCCCUUAUUUAUUCCAUGUGUCUUAUUAAACUAUUACUCUUAAUAAGUUAGAUUUGCAUUCAAAUAUAUUGAAUUUUUAACGAA